AUGCCCCGCAGAGCAGCGGCGCCUCCUCCUCACAACCCCUCAGAGCAGCGGCGCCUCUCCCUCACAACCCCCCAGAGCAGCGGCGCCUCCUCCUCACAUCCCCCCAGAGCAGCGGCGCCUCCUCCUCACACCCCCCCAGAGCAGCGGCGCCUCUCCCUCACAACCCCCCAGAGCAGCGGCGCCUCCUCCUCACAUCCCCCCAGAGCAGCGGCGCCUCUCCCUCACAACCCCCCAGAGCAGCGGCGCCUCUCCCUCACAGCCCCCCAGAGCAGCGGCGCCUCCUCCUCACAUCCCCCCAGAGCAGCGGCGCCUUCUCCUCACACCCCCCCAGAGCAGCGGCGCCUCUCCCUCACAACCCCCCAGAGCAGCGGCGCCUCUCCCUCACAACCCCCCAGAGCAGCGGCGCCUCUCCCUCACACCCCCCCAGAGCAGCGGCGCCUCCUCCUCACAACCCGCCGGAGCGUUCUGUUUGCGGCCGUGUGCACUAGACAUCAGCCAACCAAUGGCACGCCAUGCUCAUCUGAUGGUGGGGAGCUGCAAGGGAUGCUGCUGCUUGCUGCUCUCACCCGGGAGGAUUUGUCCUCCUCUGGACGACUCACUUUCUGCGUCCACGCUUCUCCUGUAGCUAAGGCGAAUGGAGUGCAGGGGGGGGAGAGCCGCACAGCGCUGGCUGCAGCAGCAUGGCAGUCAACGCCAGUCAACGCCAUCAAUGCGAGUCCUCGAAACCCGCGCCCAUGCCAUCGCUGCCCUUAUGGCGUGGCGAGCGGCAGUGGCAGCGCGGCAAGCCGCAUGGAGGCAGUGAGCGCGCGCCUGCUCGCCAUGCAGGAGACGCGGGGAGACGUGGUGGACAGGCGAGGGGAGAAUGAGAGCUGA